UAAAAAACCGCCAAACUGUGCUGAGCUGUGUGUGAAGAAAAUUCAUUUCGAAAUUACAUACAUACAUAUAUUUAUAUAUGUACAUACAAUAGUCUACAAGGAAAUUUUCAAGCAAAAGUAUUAAAGGAAGAUAUACAUACAUACAAAUAUAUUUUUCUGGAAAAUAUAUAAAAUUAAAAAAAGACUGUCAGAACCACCGUGAUUUUUUUCGAGGAAAAUUGUUUUUGUGUUUCACAAAAAAUAAUCAUAAUAAGCAAUUUAAUAGCACCAACGUUAAGCAAAUAUAAAUAAUAUAUUGAAAAUAGCAUUUAAAUCCUCUAAAUAAAUAAAUAAAUAAAUAAAUAAAUAAAAAAGAAAGAUUAAAAAAAUUUCAACAUGAAAGUGGAUGUUUCAAGUCUAGAAGUCAUUUCGCCAAAAGUGCAAAUCAGCGAUAAUUACAUUGAGACCGACUACGAGUAUCAGACGUCGCAUGUCAAGCGCACCGCCAAUGGCAGAAUACAGGUACAUCCGGAAACCGCUGCACUCAAGAUACGCACCGAUCGUCGUGUACCCAAAUUGGGUGUCAUGCUCGUAGGUUGGGGUGGCAACAAUGGCUCCACUUUAACUGCUGCCUUAGAGGCUAAUCGUCGUCAAUUGCAAUGGCGUAAACGUACAGGUAUACAGCAGGCGAAUUGGUUUGGUUCCAUUACACAAGCAUCAACUAUACUCAUUGGCUCCGAUGAGGAUGGCAAGGAUGUACAUGUGCCAAUGAAAGAUCUCAUGCCAAUGGUAAAUCCCGAUGACAUUAUCGUCGAUGGUUGGGAUAUUAGUUCGGUGAAUAUUGGUGAUGCCAUGAAGCGUGCACAAGUUUUGGAUGUAGAAUUGCAAGAUCAAUUGUACAAGUCUUUGUCGACAUUCAAACCGCGGCCGUCUAUUUACGAUCCCGAUUUUAUUGCCGCCAAUCAAUCAGAUCGUGCUGAUAAUCUAAUUAAAGGCACAAAAUUCGAGCAAUACGAGCAAUUACGACGUGAUAUACGUGAUUUCAAGCAAAAGUCCGGCGUCGAUACGGUACUUGUGCUGUGGACGGCUAACACGGAACGCUUCUGUGAAGUGCAAGCGGGUUUGAAUACCACCAUGGCUGAGUUGGAGGCAUCGCUGAAGGCGAACAAGGCGGAGAUAUCGCCAUCGACUAUUUUCGCUAUGGCCAGCAUUGAUGAGGGUUGUACUUACAUUAAUGGCUCGCCGCAAAAUACUUUUGUACCUGGUUUAAUUGAAUUAGCUGAGCAUAAGGGCGUUUUUAUUGCCGGCGACGACUUCAAGUCAGGACAAACCAAAUUGAAGUCUGUGUUGGUCGAUUUCUUAGUUGGCGCCGGCAUCAAGCCCGUGUCCAUUGUGAGCUACAAUCAUUUGGGCAAUAAUGAUGGCAAGAAUUUGUCAGCGCCACAGCAAUUCCGUUCGAAGGAGAUUUCCAAGAGCAAUGUCGUCGACGACAUGGUCGAGUCCAACGAUGUGCUCUACCGGCCCAAUGAGCAUCCCGAUCACGUGGUGGUCAUCAAGUAUGUACCCUAUGUGGGCGACAGCAAGCGUGCUAUGGAUGAGUACACAUCGGAAAUUAUGAUGGGCGGUCAUAAUACGCUCGUCAUACACAAUACCUGCGAGGAUUCGCUACUCGCCUCACCGCUCAUACUCGACUUGAUCAUACUCGGCGAAUUAUGCUCACGCAUACAAAUCAAGAGUAAUCAACGCGCCGAUGCGCCAUGGAUCUCCUUCAAACCGGUACUCUCGCUACUCAGUUAUCUCUGCAAGGCGCCAUUGAUGCCGCGCGGUGCACAAGUGGUGAACUCUUUGUUCCGUCAACGUGCGGCUAUUGAGAACAUACUACGCGGCUGCAUUGGUCUGCCGCCCAAUUCGCAUAUGAUGCUGGAGCAACGUUUCGAUUUUGCGUCCAUUACGAACGAACCACCUACGAAGAAAUUGAAAAGUGCAGCGGCCAAUAGCUGUGCCACUGAAUUGAAUGGUCAUGUUGCUAAAGUGUCAGCUGUCACAUCUAACGGUCAUUAUGCCAACGGCAAUGCGAAUGGUCACACGAAUGGUCGCAAUCAUUAAUAGUAGCUCAGUUACUGGUUUGCUCAAGCAGGACUUCGGCGAGCGUGGGAAUUUCGGUUUUGCAAUGUAUGUGCAUACAUAUGUAUGUGUAUGAAAGACAUACAAUGGCCCACGCAUGCUCAGUUUGGUGGCGCAUUUUUAAUUUAGAAAUAUUCAAUUUAGGUUUUAUGUAGUUUAUAUGUAUAUGUAUGUAUGUAAGCAAAAGAUUUACAUAUAACCUCUAUAAAAAAAAAAAACAAAAAAAAACAAAGAAAUAUCCUACUAAGUAGUUUUUAGCCAAGCAUUUUCAACGAGCGGUAUUUGCCAAGCAUACAUAUAAACGAAGUAUUGUUGUUGUUGACCAAUGUAAUUUGUUAUGGCAUAAUUGAAAACUAAACAUUUUAUUCAAAUACAAAUGUAUGUAUGUGUGUGCAUGUGGUUCACAAACUAUACAUACAUACAUAUAGGAUGGGCGUUUAUGGGUAAAAAUAUGUUAAAAAUAUUCAAAGAGUGAGGUUAAGGUGAAUUAUUUAAUUUUCUAUUACUUAAAAUAAAAUAUUUCAUAUUGUAUGUACAUAUGUACAUACAUAUUGUAUGUAUUCUUAAAAUAUAUAUUCUGAUUUUUUUUAUUCUCGUGAAACUUUAUAUAAAAUGACUUUCUAAUAAAUUGGUAUUCUAAAAUACAUGAUUUCCUGUAA